AUGGAGGAGAAGAAGAAUCAGAAUGACAAGAGCAAGAGCAUUCACGACAUCCUCCCUCUUGACCUGAUUCACAUAAUCUUACUGCGGGUACCGAUCAGACAUCUCGCUUGCCUCAGGUGCGUUUCUAAGCUCUGGUGCUCUCUCAUUUCUGAUCCUGACUUUGUGGAAUUGCAUUUUCACCACUCUCCCGUAUCAACCAACGCAUGCAUCACCAUAGGAAAACGUUGGAUGGCUUACUCUGUUUACUUAGACGCACUAUUUAGUGACGGCAAUGAUGCAUUACAAGUAAGAGAGGUGUCUCCCCCUUUAUACACGACAGAACCUUGCGAUUUUAUCGUCCUUGGAUCCUGCAGAGGCUUCGUUUUAUUUGGUCGAGACCCAAAUCUUCUUGUGGUAUGGAACCCACUGACUGGAUCCGGCAAAUUAAUAUCCUACUCUCAUAUUUAUUCUCGAUGCAAGUACUGUACCGGUUACUGCAACUUCCAUCUCUAUGGAUUUGGUUAUGAUGCAUGGCAGGAUGAUUACUUAGUUGUUGUAGCUUGGCAGGAUAUGUAUAACCAUGAUCACUUUGACUGCUUUUCCAUGAGAACCAAUUCAUGGAUUGAUUUUGAUGCUGCACUCCCUAAACCCUUGUUUAGUUUUGGCAGCCAAUCUAUUGGGUCCUGCCAAUCUUUUGGGUGGUUCUUGAAUGGAGCUAUUCAUUGGGUGAAGGAGAGGACUUUCUCAAGGAUAUCUGGACCGGAACAACUUGUAAUGAGUGCAUGGUCCCAUCCAAAACUCGCCCUACUAGGAGGCUGCCUAGCCUUGUAUUAUUGCAAUUAUGAUAGCCGUAACACUCACAUAUGGGUGAUGAAAGAAUAUAAAGUGCACUCAUCUUGGACUCUCUAUCAGAUUCCUCACGAAGGCUUUCGGCCAUUGUGCUUAUCCAGUAAUGGUGAUAUUAUUGGAAAAGCUCAUGAUUUUCCCCAAACCGGGUUCUACAUGUAUAAUCUCAGAGAAGAGAGACUCCAAUGUUUUAAAAAUCCUUGUUUUUCGGUUCACCUCUUUGCAUUCGAACCUGUGUAUACAGAGAGUCUCUUGCCACUCCCCAGUGAAUCACAAAGAGGUUAA